AUGGCAAGUGUUUCCUUUUCAUUUGAAAUAAUCUUGAUCCCACAACUGAUGGUAUGUAGUAGUAACUUGGCAAAGGAAGAACUGAAGAAUAAUCGAAUUCGGAGGAGGGUUUAUGAGUUGCUCUCUAAGGCAGCCACCUCAGGACCAUCCCAUCCUACUUCUGGUCAACGUGAACUCCACUCUGUUUUCUUUCAAAAACCAGAUAGAUUUCUCGAUUCAGAAGAGGGAAAAGGCCAUGUUGCUGGUGUGCACUCAGAGAAGACAAUGCUCAGAGGUAAUCUUCCUGCGUGUAAGUUUGGGUACGAUUUGGCAUAG